AGUCAGAGUAUCAAAACACCCAAAAAACCAUCAAAUUCCUUCCCAAAUUUGAUUUGCAUUGCAAACAAAGGCCUUCUCAGAGCUUCCGGGCGAAGAAAGAUCAAAUUCCUCCAGAGAAGGACACUUUCUUCAACCUUCAUACUUCACGCGUCGCUCAAUGGCAAGCCUUUACAGAGGGGCAUCUAGGAAGGAGAAACCCAGAGGGCGACAUCAUGGGUUAACUCAACAAAAGAGGCAAGAGAUUAAGGAGGCAUUCGAGUUAUUCGACACCGAUGGCUCGGGCACUAUUGAUGCCAAGGAGCUGAAUGUUGCCAUGAGGGCUCUCGGUUUUGAGAUGACCGAAGAGCAAAUUAAUCAAAUGAUUGCAGAUGUUGACAAGGAUGGCAGUGGUGCUAUCGACUUUGAUGAGUUUGCUCAUAUGAUGACAGCCAAAAUUGGAGAACGAGACACAAAGGAGGAACUCAUGAAAGCAUUCCAGCUCAUCGACCUAGAUCGCAAUGGAAAGAUAUCUGCAGCAGACAUUAAGAACAUUGCAAAGGAUCUGGGUGAGAACUUCACUGACAGAGAGAUCCAGGAGAUGAUUGAGGAAGCAGACCGAGAUCGUGAUGGAGAAGUUAACGCUGAUGAGUUUAUCAGGAUGAUGAAGAGAACAGCAUACGGUUAUUAGAACUCGAAAGGUUUUAGCCAUCUGCGUGAUUUCGAGAUCCUGAUCCCGUGCACAAUUAUUUUGUGAUGUAUUUUUAACUUUAAACAAAAGCCUUCGUUUCGCUUUGACAUUGUUUUGUAGAAAUCUUGGACAUAACUAUGCCUAGUAUUGUGGUGUGGUGGUGGUACGUCUGUAAAAUGUUGAAUAUUUGCUCACGAAAAAUGCAAUGAUGAUUGAUGGUAUUACUACUA